AUGCAAAGCAUUCAGCAAGACUUUAAAACGCGCACAGAAGAGAUUCGUCGCUUUCUUGCUCAGCUCAAAGAGACCAACGAAGCCCAUCUAUUAACCCACGGCCUUGACCGUACUUUCACCACUCGAAACACGCAUUUUCAAACUCUAGUUCGCCGGCUGACGCAUGCCAUUGAAGACUUUCGACGCAUUCAAGAAGGAUUUACUCGGGCCCAAAGAGAGCGCUUGCAUGCUCAGUACUUAGUUGCUAAGCCAGAGGCCACUCCAGACGAACUCGCAGAUCUAGAAGAUAAAAUACGGGGCCGCCCUAUUCUUCAAUCACUUUUCACCAUUGGCAACCGCCGCACCAAAGAAACUAUUCUCCAGGCCGAGCAGAGAAGACUCUCUAUCGAAGGGCUUCUUCAUGGAAUCGAAGAGAUUAAGGAGGUUUCAAGUGAUCUGGUUGAUUACAUUUCAACUAACGGUUGUGAGGUCGAUCGUAUUCAUGUUGAUGUUAAAAGCACCAGCAACCAAGCACAGAUUACGGAAAAGUCUCUUGAGAAGAUAGCCAUCUCUCGUAUUCGCGUUCAAAAGGCCAAAAAAGCCGCAGUCUUUCUAACCACCACAAUCAUUAUCUUCCUUCUUUUAAUUCUUAUUCAUAAGCUGUGCUAA